GAGAAGCGGAAAUCAGAAAUUUGUGGAGUUCUUUUGCAUUGCCCUUCGGUGACUAAAACCAGAGCGUUGCACUUUAAGAGUUAUUCAUCAGCCAUUUCUACAUCCAAGGUUAACAAUGGAAGAAACAAGAGAUGCAUCAUAUUCUGAUGGGGAAGAUAGAAUCAGUAGGUUACCGGAUUCCUUAAUCCAUCAUAUCCUGUCUUUCAUUGAUACUAAAUAUGCAGUUCAAACUAGUGUUUUGUCAAAAACUUGGGUUGAUAUUUGGAAAUCUCUACCGUUUCUGAAAUUCGAUAGGAGUUUGUUUUCAGAUGAUAAAAAAACAUAGUUUUGUAAUGUUUGUGGAUACGGUAUUCAUUUUUCGCCAAGACUUUGAUAUUCAGAGAUUUAGUGUGCAUUGGGAGGACACUGCAUAUGAAAAUACGGUGCCAGUGCAUGUGAAUAGAUGGAGCCUUAAUGCGGUCAAGUAUAAUGUUCAAGAAGUAAGGUUAGUAAUCACUGAAUGUCAUGAUUCGACAUAUGAAAUUCCUCACCGGCUUCUGAAUUGCAAGUCAUUGAGAAAGUUGGAAAUGGAAGUGCAUGGUAAUGGCAGAUGUGCGAAUAUUGUUCUACCAAGAUCAAUGAAUUUACCUCAGCUUAAUGUACUGUCCUUAUAUGGAUUAUCAAUUUCCAAUUUAGAUUUAUCUAAAAGACUCAUUGCAAGUUGUCCAGUUCUUGAAAGGCUAGACAUAGUUGAUUGUGAUAUACAAACUGAUAAUCAAAGGAAUUUGGUUGUUGAUUCUCUAAGCCUUAAGGAAUUUAUGUAUGUUCAUCGUUAUUUGCCGCAAAAUGAUUCUAUGGUCAACAUUAUCAAGUUAUGUGCUCCAAAUCUGAAAGAAUUGACUUGCAGAUGUCCCUUGUCACUAGAUUAUUCUCUAGAAAACUGUUCUCCCUUAUACGGGGUAAGUUUUUAUAUGAAUCUCAAAGAAAAUAAAUAUGAGAAUGCAGACGCAUAUUCAAAACUGCCUUCAAGGGAAAAAAAAGUGUAUGCUGAACGUAUGAUGAAAUUUCUAGGGGCAGUUUAUAUGGUGAAAGAUAUGUUUUUAUCACCUGGAUUCCUUGAGGUACUCUCACAAGCUGCCAACUUAUUAGGCUGUCAACCAACUCGCUUGUGUAAUCUACAAUAUUUGACGCUGGAAUUGUGGUGUACAAGAGGUUGCUUGCGGGCUAUAGCAUACUUACUCAGCAUUUCUCCUAAUAUUAAUUCUAUUUUCCUUGUAUUGAAGGAGUCAAGUUUAGUGGAUGUUGGAGAUGACUGGGAAGCAGGAUUGUCAGUUCGGGGAAUGUUAUCUCACCUCGAGUAUGUCCAGGUUGAAGACAUGGAAGGAUGUGAUGCUGAAUUCAAACUUCUGAGUUUUCUGUUGAGAAAUGCCAAGGUUUUGAAGGAAGUUGAACUAUUUUUUCGCCCUAGUGUUGGCUCGCCUGAUAGGCUAAUACAAGUUCAGCAAUUUCAAGAUAAGCUAAGAGAAGUUCCUGCAGCUUCUUCAAGUAUCCUAAUGGGGUUUAAAGUAGCUGCCGUGUGAUAUUUUCUAGUCAAAAGUAGUCCGGAUGCUUUCUUCUCCGAAUGAAUCUUAAAAUGUCUAUUUGGGACUUCGUGAAAUGCUGAUUAACUGAUCUUUUGCCUAUUAAGUCUGGAUGAUUUUCAUGAAUUGUUAAUAACCAAUAAAGAGCCCUUUUCAGGUAAUCGCAUGAAGAAGUGCUCUGAAAUCUCCUUACAGAGUUCUUCGGCCUGAAUGAGAUUU